UCCCGGGUAUGUUUGUUGUGUGUCAGUUGUUCUCCGGUCUCCGACAGCUGUCGCCACUACGGACAUGAACCGCGAGCUCUUCGCGGCGGGCGAGCGGCUGGUGUCGCCGGCUUACGUGCGGCAGGGCUGUGAGGCCCGCCGCUCGCACGAGCACCUCAUGCGGCUGCUUCUGGAGAAGGGCAAGUGUCCAGAGGAUGGUUGGGAUGAAAGUACACUUGAACUCUUUUUACAUGAACUUGCAAUUAUGGACAGCAACAAUUUCCUGGGCAAUUGUGGUGUGGGAGAAAGGGAAGGAAGAGUGGCAUCUGCAUUAGUUGCUCGGCGACAUUACAGGUUCAUUCAUGGAAUUGGACGAUCAGGUGAUAUUUCUGCUGUGCAACCCAAAGCUGCAGGUUCUAGCCUUUUGAACAAAAUUACCAAUUCUUUGGUCCUGGACAUCAUAAAAUUGGCUGGUGUCUAUACAGUGACCAGCUGCUUUGUAGUUCCAAUGGCAACUGGUAUGAGUCUAACCCUGUGUUUCUUAACAUUGCGACACAGAAGACCAAAGGCAAAGUAUAUUAUAUGGCCGCGAAUAGACCAGAAGUCUUGCUUUAAAUCUAUGAUCACUGCAGGUUUUGAGCCUGUGGUGAUAGAGAACGUUUUAGAAGGUGAUGAGCUGCGCACAGACCUGAAAGCAGUGGAGGCUAAAGUCCAGGAACUUGGGCCUGAUCACAUUCUGUGUGUUCAUUCUACUACGUCCUGUUUUGCUCCAAGGGUGCCUGAUAGGUUAGAAGAACUGGCUGUGAUUUGUGCUAAUUACGGCAUUCCACAUAUAGUCAACAAUGCCUAUGGAGUGCAAUCUUCAAAGUGCAUGCACCUCAUUCAGCAGGGAGCUCGUGUUGGUAGAAUAGAUGCUUUCGUUCAGAGCUUGGACAAAAAUUUUAUGGUUCCAGUAGGUGGUGCUAUAAUUGCUGGCUUUAAUGAUUCCUUCAUUCAGGAAAUCAGCAAGAUGUAUCCAGGAAGAGCUUCAGCUUCACCUUCUUUAGAUGUCCUUAUUACUUUAUUAUCACUUGGAUCAAAUGGCUACAGGAAGCUAUUAAAAGAAAGAAAGGAAAUGUUUUCCUAUUUGUCCAACCAACUAAAGAAACUGUCAGAAGCUUACAAUGAAAGACUGUUGCAUACACCUCACAAUCCCAUAUCUUUAGCGAUGACACUUAAAACCCUGGAUAAACGGUGCAGCAAAGCUGUCACUCAGCUUGGCUCCAUGCUUUUUACAAGACAGGUUUCUGGAGCCAGGGUUGUUCCUCUUGGGUCUAUGCAGACUGUGAGUGGCUAUACUUUCAGGGGCUUUAUGUCACAUACAAAUAAUUACCCUUGUGCUUACCUCAAUGCUGCGUCAGCCAUCGGAAUGAAGACACAGGAUGUGGACUUGUUCAUAAAGAGACUUGACAAGUGUUUAAAGACAGUCAGAAAAGAACAAAAUAAAGAGAGUGACAUAUCUGGAGUUGACAAUAAUGACAAAACUGAAGAUGUGGAUAUAGAAGAAAUGGCUUUAAAACUAGAUAAUGUAUGUCUUGACACAUGCCAGGAUUCUUCUUGAUGACAUGUGAAGGGUUUCUUUUUGAUAAUUUGAAAAAAGUGAGGAGGCUACAGUAUAAGCUAGCAGUUUAAAGACAAAACGUAAGAUUUUUGAAUUGAGGAUUUCAUGGAGAAUAUUUGGUCAAGGAAUAGAAUAUGGUCUGAGCUAGCCAUUGAUGAUUAUAACAUUUGUUGUUUCUAGACUGCUUCAAUCAUUACCAUCCUCAACAGGUCAUAAUGUACAAUUAACAUUUUUCUAAUUGUUAAACAUUUGCCAAUUAAGCAUUAUGAUUCAGAUAAUUCUUACUAAUAUGUUGAUAGUAAAAUUACACAUGACCUCUGAUUCUC